GCUACCAACAUGACAAGAAAUAAUAUUGGUGUUGUCAAAAUUUGACAUUGACAGGCGAAAAAUUCUCUCCUUCGUCAAGUCAAUCAAAAUAAAUUCGAACUUGGUGAAAAAAAUACUGUAAAGAUGUCCUUAGCCAAAAUAUUCUCCGUAUCAUCGCGAGUGCGAGCAUCCGGCGCUUGCGGAAUGCUAUCUCGCCAAGCGAACUUCAGUUCUAAACCCGAUACUGAACAAGUGUACCCUACAGCUGACGCAGGGUACAAGUAUGUGAACCUCGAUGACCCUAGGAUGACCAUGAAGGCGCUGUCGGACAGAGCCGCCCAGACCAUGUUCUGGACUGAGCUGGCCAGAGGUUUUGCUGUGACACUAUCCCACAUUUUUAAGGAGCCUGCCACAAUCAACUAUCCCUUCGAGAAGGGGCCCCUGUCCCCCCGCUUCCGCGGAGAGCAUGCCCUGAGGCGCUACCCGUCCGGGGAGGAGCGGUGCAUCGCCUGCAAGCUGUGUGAAGCUAUCUGCCCUGCCCAGGCUAUCACGAUUGAGGCUGAGGAGCGUAAGGACGGCUCCAGAAGGACAACGCGUUACGAUAUCGACAUGACCAAGUGUAUCUACUGUGGAUUCUGCCAGGAGGCGUGCCCAGUGGACGCGAUCGUCGAAGGUCCCAACUUCGAGUUCUCGACCGAGACCCAUGAGGAGCUUCUCUACAACAAGGAGAAACUUCUCUCCAACGGAGACAAGUGGGAGAGCGAGAUAGCAACUAACAUCAAGGCCGAUCACUUGUACCGCUAGACGAGGUAGAAAGGGAUGGAAGUUGUAGUACAACAUGAGGUAUUUUUGGUCUUCUUCGACAUCUAGUAUUUUUUACAGCGCAGUUAUAGUGAUCUACUUAUAAUAGGCUAUAUAAUACGUAAUGAAAUUUCAAAUAUUCUUAGAUGUUUAAGCAAAAAUGUCUUGUGUUUUAUUGCAACUUUUGUAGUGUAAAUAAAUAAAAUGGAUAAUU